AUGCCAGGUUUGCCAGCCGCGCCACAGUCAGCAGUGUCCCAGCCGGCUCCCUCCACCCCGACCGCGGAGAGCAGCACCGCCGCAAGCAGCACCCCGAUGACCAUGACCAGCUUGACAGCCAUCCCCUUGGCCUAUGUGGCGGCCAACAAAGGAGAGAGACGACUCUCCACCUUGAGCGGUGGCCGUGCCAGUAAGGCCUUGCGCCGGUCCACCGCGGCCCCUGAAGAUGUGAGGGGUGAGGUCACGGGUGUCGUGCUUCCAGUGCUGGCCGCUCUCGUGCCCUUCUUGUCGGGCACUCAAUACGAAUACUUCCCCAUCGUGGCCACCUUCAUCGCGGGCUACGCGGUCAUCGUGCUCGAGGAGCAGACCGAGAUCAACAAGGCCGCCACGGCGCUGGUCCUGGGGGUGCUGAUUUGGGCUUUGGUGGGCACUGGCGUGGACAUGGAUGCCGCCAUGUUCGACACUGCCAUCAAGGAGACUUUGGAAGAUGUGUCGGAGGUGGUGUUUUUUCUUCUGGGUGCUUUGACCAUCGUGGAGAUCAUGGAUGCGCACAAGGGCUUCGAUAUCAUCACCAAAGCCAUUCAGGCCAAGACCCAGAAGGAGCUGUUGAUCAUCAUCGGUGUGUUGACCUUUGUGCUGUCUUCAGUGCUCAACAACCUCACUGUGGUUGCCUGGAGAAGAUGGGGCGACAGGGCCACUUUUGCGGUUUUUGACGGUUGGGCUGGGCUGGUGCGCGGCGGUGGCAUCGAUCGGCACGCGAGAGCUGCGGUGGGCUCACGCGAGGAUGAAGACUUCCGCAUGAAGCUGGGAGGCUUGGUGGUGGUGGCCUCCAACGCUGGAGGAGCCUGGACCCCUAUUGGCGACAUCACCACCACCAUGCUGUACAUCGGUGGCCAGGUGACGACGGUUCCGUUGUUGGCCAAUUUGUUCUUCCCCAGCGUGCUUUGCUUGGUCGGCACCUUGGGCUAUGAGUACCUUCAGAUGGACGAUAAGCCUUUCUCCCGGGACUCCGCCUCCAGCGACGACGGCGACGUGCCCAACGGCCAGCAGUUGGUCUUCUGGGGCGGUCUCUUCGGCAUGAUCACCGUGCCGGUCUUCACGGCCAUCACCCAGUGCCCAGCCUGGAGUGGCAUGAUGCUGGUCCUGGGUCUUUUGGGCUUGAUCACGAGUUUGCUCCAUGGCCCAGAGGAUGAGAAGUACUCCCUCAAGGGUGCGCUCACCCGGGUGGAGGUGCCAGAUGCCUUGUUCUUCUUGGGUGUGCUUUUUGCCGUGGGCGGAUUGGAGCGUGUUGGCCUUCUGAAGGAGUUCGCCAUCCAACUGAGCUCCCUGGUGCCCUAUGACGCCUUGGUCGCCAUCUUCUUGGGCUUCGCUUCCGCGGUCGUGGACAACGUGCCGCUGGUGGCUGCAGCGCAGGGCAUGUACGACUUGGGCGCUCACCCGGCCAACGACGGCCUGUGGAACCUCAUCACCUACUGCGCGGCCACCGGCGGUUCGCUGCUGGUGAUCGGUUCCGCGGCCGGCGUGGCCUUCAUGGGAAUGGAGCGGAAUGUCUCUUUUGGCUGGUACGUCAAGAGCAUUGGCCCUGUCCCUUGGAGCGUGGUCGGAUGCGGCCUGAUCACUCUCGGCGAGCGAACGGGCGAUGGAGGUGAGGUGAGAGGUCCGUGCAUGGGGUCGGGGGGUGAGUACAGUAGGUCCGUGCAUGGUGGUGAGUACGGUAGGUCCGUGCAUGGAAAAAUGGAAGGUGGUUGCCUAAGUGGCUCAUUUGGGCACCCUCCGUGGACGUUGGGUGCUUGA